ACUGGGGAAGGAGGGUAGAGGCCCGUUCAAAAGGUUACCCGGAGGCUGGGGUUGGAUACGAAGGAGAAGGCUUCGCCGGUGCAGAAGAUCAAAGAUGGUGGCGAAGAAGAGCGGAGGAAACAGGGGAGGGUCGGAAGAUGCAGAGGAUGAUCUGACACGUGCCCCUCUUCAAGCCGUCCUAUUGGCCGAUAGCUUCGCCACUAAGUUCCGCCCCAUCACUCUUGAGCGCCCCAAGGUGCUGCUUCCUCUUGUCAAUGUCCCUAUGAUUGAUUACACCCUAGCAUGGCUUGAAUCUGCUGGGGUUGAAGAAGUAUUUGUCUUCUGUUGUGCGCACUCCAAACAAGUGAUCAAUUACUUGAAGGAGUCCAAGUGGUUAAACCAACCAAAUUUCUAUGUCAUGACAAUAGAAUCUCACAAUGCUGUUAGUGCUGGGGAUGCUUUGCGUAUGAUCUAUGACCGUCAUGUGAUUCGUGGUGAUUUCGUUUUGGUUAGUGGAGAUACGGUUAGCAACAUGCCUCUGAAUGAAGCAGUAAAAGAGCAUAAAGAACGUAAGAAGAAGGAUAGCAAUGCUAUAAUGACCAUGGUCAUCCAGCGAUCAAAACCUUCUCCUGUAACUCGACAGUCUCGUCUUGGAACAGAUGAGCUGUUUAUGGCUAUUGAACCUGGUACCAAGCAGCUUCUCUACUAUGAAGAUAAGGCUGAAAACCGGAAGGGCUCUAUAUGUCUCGAUAAAGCCUUUCUUGCUGAUAAUCUGACAAUCACUGUUCACAAUGACAAACAGGAUUGCUACAUUGACAUUUGCUCUCCAGAAGUCUUGAGUCUUUUCAACGACAACUUUGACUAUCAACAUCUCCGUCGACACUUUGUGAAGGGGCUGCUAGUUGAUGAUAUUAUGGGUUACAAGAUUUACACUUAUGAAAUUCAUUCAAGUUAUGCGGCCAGGAUUGAGAAUUACCGAAGCUAUGACACAAUUAGCAAAGAUAUUAUUCAGAGAUGGACCUAUCCAUUGGUGCCUGAUGUCCCUUUCUUUGGAAAUUCUGCUUCUAAACUUGAAAGGCGUGGAAUGUAUCGAGCAUCAGAUAUUGUACAGUCACGUUCUGCACAAAUUGGCCCUUUUACCGUUAUUGGGAAGGGCACUACUAUUGGAAACAACAGUGUAAUUUCAAAUUCAGUUGUUGGAGAGGGUUGUAAGAUUGGAUCAAAUGUUUCAAUAGAUGGUUGCUACAUAUGGCAAAAUGUCACAGUAGAAGAUGAGUGUCAACUGAAGCACGCAAUAGUAUGUGAUGGUGUAGUAUUGAGGUCUGGAGCAGUUUUGAAACCUGGUGCUAUAUUUUCCUUCAAGGUUGUCAUUGGUCAACGUUUUGUUGUUCCUUCUUACUCAAAGGUGUCUUUACUCCAGCAACCAAUUAUAGAAGAUAGUGAUGAGGAACUCGAAUAUGCUGAUAGUAGCAGUAGCAUAAAGGAAAACCAAUCGUUAUCUGAUACAGCAGAAAAAUCAAUUGAAGAUUUUAGGACGGACUUGUCCGAGUCUCAGCUUUUGAUUGCAUCUGAGGUUGGGGAUGGCGGGGUUGGUUUCAUUUGGUCAGUGAGUGAAGGAGGUCAUGAUGAAGAAUGGAGGCAUUCCAUUGCACCGAUUCCUGCAGAAAGACUCGCUGAGAUAAUAGAAAGAAUAAGUGAAGAACUUGAUGUGUCCAAUCCAGAUGGAAGUUUGCUUCCACCUUCUGGAGAACUAGAACCAGGCUCUAACACCAAUGAUGAUGACGGUGUUAAUGAUAAUGAUGAUGAUGACGAUGACGAUGAUGUUAAAGAUAUUGGGGCUACCUAUGCCCUCUUUGAGCAAGAGGUUGAAGCAACUUUUCUCAGGGUUGUGCAUGAGAAUAUCAAUGAAGAUAACGUUAUCUUAGAAGUCAAUUCACUUAGGUUAUCAUACAAUUUGGAUUCUGAAAAUUGUGCUAGUGCACUGUUCUAUUCGAUGAUGAAGUUGGCAUUGGACAAACCACAUAGUUCAACUAGCGAGUUAUACAAGAAUGCUGCGAGUGUGAUCACGAAAUGGAAAAAGCUUCUCAAGUAUUACCUGCCUAGUAUAGAUGUAGAGAUUGAAGUUAUAAUGAAAUUCGAAGAAAUGUGCUUGGAAUCGGCGAAGGAGUAUUCUACAAUAUUUGAUGCGAUUCUGCGUCUUCUAUAUGACAAAGAAGUCAUACAAGAGGCGGCUAUUUUGAAAUGGGCUUCUGAAUUAGAAGGUGGCGAUGAAUCAGACAAAGUAUUCGUCAAGCAAUCUGAGAAAUUCAUCCAGUGGCUGAAGGAAGCUUCGGAAGAAGAAGACGAUGACGAGGAUGAAGACGAGUAGAAUUUGCUAAGGUAAUGGCUUGUGCUUUCUCUUUGUACAUGAAAAGAAAGAGUGUCUACUUGAUUCACUAUACUAUCAGUGAGAAUAGAUUUACUCUAGCUCAUCGAUCAAAAGAACACAUUUACACACCUCAAGGCAUUGUUUGGUGUAUUGUCUCUCAUAUCUUUGUAUUUCAUAUUAGAGAUCAUACAAUUUGGUUCUCACGUUGUAGCAUUAUGUUUCUUGGGAUUUUAAAUGAUGGUCAUUUUGGUAUAAUUC